AUGGUAGAUGAGGAGCUGUUGAAGGUGCACAUUCCAAGAGAGGCAGAUGGGAAGAGAAAAGGAAAGGCUCCUGCUGAGACACUCGCAUCAAUUGUUAGUGGGUCUGAAGAUGACGAUGAAGAGGAGAGACAGCAUGCUGGUGAGACUAGUGAAGCUGUGCAGAAGAAUGAUGGAGGGAGUGAUGGUGAGAGUAGUGAGGAGAAGGAGAAAGAUGACGAGGGGAGUGAUGAUGAGACAAGAGAGGAGGAGGAGGAGGACAAGGAGAAAGGUGACAGGGGGAGUGAUGAUGGGACAAGUGAGGAGGAAGGCAAGGAAAAGGAUGAUGGAGAGAAUGAUGAAGAUAGUCAGGACAAGGAUGAGGGACAGAGUGCACAGAAGGACAAUGAUGAAAUGGAGGGUGACAUACCCACGCCUACUACCCCCAUAAACCUGUCAUCUAAUGUUGAAGGUGAUGAUGCGGAGGGUGACAGAGCCGUCACUAUAUCCCCCCUAGCAAUUGUCAAAUAUGUUGACCCUGUUGAGAGGCAAACCCCCAUCAGGGUGGAACCUUUGACAGCAGCUGAAGGUGUGCAGGCACAACAAGUAAGGAGAUCUAGCAGGGUUCGCUUCAACAAAAUUAAGUCUCCUUGGUUGGAGUUGAAGGCACAAACAAGGUUGAAGAGGCCUGCAGAGGAUAAAGACAUUUUCUUCACCAUUGUCAGCCGAAGUGUGAAAGGUGAUGAAGGCGACUAG